UGGCCAACCCUUGACAAAACAUAGCAUUUGGUAAGAUCUGCCACUAAAACACACACCAGUGACAGUUGUAUCUCUCUCUCUCUUAUCUACCCCCUCCCCCUUCACAACACAUCCAUUCAACAAUCAAAUCAAAUCUAUUCAAUUUCAAGCACCAUGCAAGCUCAAGCUCUUCUUCAAUCAACCCCACUUCGGGUCUCCCCACUCGACCCGAUUCACAAACCCAUCAAUCUCAAACCACCCUCACUCUCUUCCACGCGCCGCCGCGCCGUUAUCUCCGCCGUUUCCGCCGCCCCCAAGCGGGAAAAGGAUCCGAAGAAACGGGUCGUCAUUACGGGUAUGGGUUUGGUGUCUGUUUUCGGGAAUGAUGUGGAUACGUACUAUGAGAAGCUGUUGGCUGGUGAGAGUGGAAUCGGGUUGAUUGACCGGUUCGAUGCGUCCAAGUUUCCGACCCGGUUUGGUGGGCAGAUUCGUGGGUUUAAAGCUGAUGGGUAUAUUGAUGGGAAGAAUGACCGGAGACUUGAUGAUUGUUUGAGAUAUUGCAUUGUUGCUGGUAAAAAGGCCCUUGAACAUGCUGAUCUUGCUGCUGAUAAUCGCUCCAAGAUUGACAAGGAGCGUGCCGGUGUGCUUGUUGGAACAGGAAUGGGAGGUCUAACGGUAUUUUCCGAUGGAGUUCAGUCUCUAAUAGAAAAAGGUUACAGAAAAAUCACACCUUUCUUUAUCCCAUACGCAAUAACAAACAUGGCGUCUGCAUUAUUAGCUAUUGAUUUGGGCUUUAUGGGCCCUAACUACUCAAUUUCAACCGCUUGUGCUACCUCAAACUACUGCUUUCAUGCUGCUGCAAAUCACAUCCGUAGAGGCGAAGCUGAUAUGAUGAUUGCUGGCGGUACGGAAGCUGCCAUUAUUCCAAUCGGAUUGGGUGGUUUUGUUGCGUGUAGAGCGUUGUCUCAGAGAAACGAUGAUCCGCAAACUGCUUCAAGGCCUUGGGACCAAGAUAGAGACGGGUUCGUCAUGGGUGAAGGUGCUGGUGUUUUGGUGAUGGAGAGCUUGGAACAUGCAAUGAAAAGAGAUGCACCCAUACUUGCUGAAUACUUAGGCGGUGCUAUUAAUUGUGAUGCGUAUCACAUGACGGACCCGCGUUCAGAUGGACUUGGUGUUUCUUCUUGUAUUCAAAGCUGUCUAGAUGAUGCUGGCGUGUCAGCAGAGGAGGUUAACUACAUCAACGCACACGCAACUUCAACAUUGGUUGGUGAUCUAGCUGAAGUAAAUGCGGUGAAGAAGGUAUUCAAGAACACCGCAGGAAUCAAAAUGAAUGCAACCAAGUCGAUGAUAGGGCACUGUUUAGGUGCAGCUGGAGGUCUGGAAGCCAUUGCUACAGUUAAAGCCAUCCAAACAGGGUGGCUACAUCCCUCCAUAAAUCAAUUUAACCCGGAGCCUGCAGUUGAAUUCGACACUGUUGCUAAUGUAAAACAGCAGCAUGAAAUUAACGUUGGGAUUUCAAAUUCAUUUGGUUUUGGUGGACACAACUCUGUUGUAGCAUUCUCUGCUUUCAAGCCUUGAUUUGAUGGAAGGAAAUGCUGCAUCAUGGGCGUAUUUAGGCUUAUGACACUGUUGUUUUAAUGUUUGUUGGCCAAUUUAGACAUUUUAGAAGUGAGUUGAGUUCAUUUUGUGAUUUAGAGGAUAGCAACCAAUGCUCCAAAAUCUUUCAUAUAUUUUGUUUAAUCACAUCUUUUUUUUUUCUUAUC